CACAGACAUGAGGUUCAAAUUCCCUCUCAUGGCCAUUGGCCUGGAGGUGGCCAUAAUUAUUUUAUUUUUCUUCUAUGUCGAAUAUGAAACGGAUCAGACUACAAACCAGCAACUCAACAGAACCAACGCCACUGGCGCGGAUAGAUCCAUGGAGUUAUAUCCUCUGUUCCAAGAUGUGCAUGUCAUGAUAUUUGUUGGGUUUGGCUUCUUGAUGACUUUCCUGAAGAAAUAUGGUUUCAGCAGUGUGGGCAUCAACCUGCUCAUUGCUGCUCUGGGUCUCCAGUGGGGCACACUUGUGCAGGGCCUCCUGCACAGCCACGGGCACACAGUCCAUGUUGGAAUCAACAGCAUGAUAAAUGCAGACUUCAGCACAGCCACCGUUCUGAUUUCGUUUGGAGCUGUUUUAGGGAAAACAAGUCCAAUACAAAUGUUGAUCAUGGCAAUUAUAGAAAUCACUGUAUUUGCUGGCAAUGAGUAUCUGGUUGCCGAGCAGUUUAAGGCAUCGGAUGUUGGAGCAUCGAUGACUAUUCAUGCCUUUGGGGCGUAUUUUGGCUUGACUGUAGCAGGUGUCCUAUAUCGACCUAGACUCAAAAAUGGACAUGAGAAUGAGGAGUCUGUGUACCACUCAGACUUGUUUGCAAUGAUUGGCACUCUCUUCCUCUGGGUGUUUUGGCCCAGCUUCAACUCUGCCAUUGCCGGAACUACGGAGGGACAGGUCAGGGCCAUCGUGAACACAUACUUCUCGCUUGCAGCCUGCGUGCUCACAGCCUACGCGUUCUCUAGCCUUGUUGACCCCCGGGGCAGGUUGGAUAUGGUUCACAUUCAGAACGCAACCCUAGCUGGAGGAGUUGCCGUGGGCACUUGUGCAGACAUGAAGAUCCAUCCAUACGGCUCUAUGAUUAUCGGGAGUGUGGCAGGCCUUGUUUCAGUGAUUGGGUUCAAGUUUCUGACGCCAUUUUUUGCUUCUAGACUGAGGAUACAAGACACGUGUGGCGUCCAUAACUUGCACGGCUUACCUGGGCUGGUAGGAGGACUCGCAGGCAUUGUGGCCGUGGCCCUGGGAGCCUCUGACAAGUCUACUACGGCCAUGCAAGCAGCUGCUGUAGGUUCCUCCAUCGGGACAGCACUUGUUGGAGGUCUGAUUACAGGCUUAAUUCUCAAGAUACCUAUUUUGGGACAACCAUCAGAUGAGCAGUGCUAUGACGACUCUGUCUACUGGGAGGUCCCUAGAUGGAGAGAACAUGACAGACAUUUCCAUGAACCUAUCAUCCAUAAACAACUGGAACCUGAACUCUAAAUACCAUUCCUGGGCCUUGGCUUCGCAUCUUAUUAUCUAUAGUCACAUUGAUGUAAAUAAACAGGGAGCAUUCAAAGCAAAUAAGGGCCGCAAUAUGUAGAUUCUCAGUAUACAAAUCCCCUGGAAAAUGUCUUAUCCCAGUGCUGCUUCUUGAUAUUCAGUGAUUUCAUUGACAAAAUGUGACUCACAAAAUAUAAUUCGAUGGACUCUACUUGGCACAGUUGAUGGGUACAGGGUGGGCACUUCAUGUUUAUUUCUGUAUGUUUUCUGCUUAGAUGUGGUUUAUAAGGAAGUCAAUAAAUUUUAAUUCAUAUCAGUUUCUAAAAUGUUGACACUGUAUCAUAAGUCCAAAAUAUUAUAAAAUGAAAGCUAAUUAGCUUACAGUCUAUGCAAGGAAUCCGUAUAAAUAAAAUGAAAGAAAUGUAUGUAUAUAAAAUAGCAAUAUUGUUUUAGUAGUCUACUUUCAAAAGGAGAGACUUAUAAUGUUAUACUUUUACUUGAAUAAUCUUCUUUUAUUUCUUUUGUGUGUUUACUACUUUCAACAAGAGCUCAAUCCUACCUGACCAAUGUUUGUUUUGUAUAAAAUAUCAAUGAAUUAAAUAUUACUGUAAAAUAAAA